AUGGCCAUGGGGAGCACUCUAGAGGAAGCUGAAUUCAGCCCCAGUAAGCCCAGGGAGUGCAUUUCUGUCCACAUUGGCCAGGCUGGUGUCCAGACGGGCAAUUCCUGUUGGGAACUGUAUUGCCUGGAGCAUGGCAUUGGGCCAGAUGGCAUCAUCUCCUCCACUGCGUCCUCAGGGCAAGCAGGCUCUUCCUUUGGGACCUUCUUCAGUGAGACGGGCUCAGGGAAGUAUGUGCCCAGAGCAAUGUUUGUUGACCUGGAGCCCUCUGUCAUUGAUGAGAUCAGGACUGGGACCUACUGCACGCUCUUGCACCCGGACCAGCUCAUCAGCGGCAAAGAAGAUGCUGCCAACAGCUAUGCUCGGGGCCACUACAGCAUUGGGAUGGAGAUCAUUGACUUUGUUGUUGACAAGGCUCGGAAAAUGACUGAUCAGUGCAGUGGCCUCCAAGGGUUCCUGGUCUUCCACAGCUGGGGAGGCACAGGCUCCGGGUUCACCUCCCUCCUCAUGGAGAGGCUCUCUGUGGAGUACAGCAAGAAGUCCAAGCUGGAGUUCUCUGUGUACCCAGCCCCACAGGUCUCCACAGCAGUGGUGGAGCCCUACAACUCCAUCCUCACCACCCACACCACCCUGGAGCACUCGGACUGCUCCUUCAUGGUGGACAACGAGGCCAUCUAUGACAUCUGCAACCGCAACCUGGACAUCGAGCGUCCCACCUACACCAACCUCAACAGGCUGAUUGGGCAGAUCGUCUCAUCGGUCACUGCCUCCUUGAGAUUUAACGGUGCUUUGAAUGUUGACCUGAUUGAAUUCCAGACCAACCUGGUACCGUACCCACGGAUACACUUCCCGCUCACCACCUAUGCACCCAUCAUCUCGGCAGAGAAAGCCUACCACGAGCAGCUGUCGGUGCCGGAGAUCACCAACGCUUGCUUUGAGUUCUCCAACCAGAUGGUGAAAUGUGACCCACGCCGGGGCAAGUACAUGGCGUGCUGCCUGCUGUACCGGGGCGAUGUGGUGCCCAAGGAUGUGAACGCAGCCAUUGCAGCCAUUAAAACACGCCGGUCGAUCCAGUUUGUGGACUGGUGCCCCACGGGCUUCAAGGUGGGUAUCAACUACCAGCCUCCCACGGUGGUGCCCGGGGGCGACCUGGCCAAGGUGCAGCGGGCUGUCUGCAUGCUGAGCAACACCACGGCCAUUGCGGAGGCGUGGGCCCGCCUGGACCACAAGUUUGACCUGAUGUAUGCCAAGCGAGCCUUUGUGCACUGGUACGUGGGGGAAGGCAUGGAGGAGGGGGAGUUCUCCGAGGCCAGGGAGGACCUGGCUGCCCUGGAGAAGGAUUAUGAGGAGGUUGGAAGGGACUCAGCAGAUGGAGGGGAGUGUGAUGAGGAAUAG